GCGUGAUGACGUUGCCGGUGCGUAAGGGCCGCUGGAGCCGGGUGAGCUGAGGUGAGGGGCUGAGAGCUGUCCGGCGCCAUUAUUACCAUCUAGACCGGGAAACGGUGAGCGCUGGAAGAGCCGGUUUGAAAAACGGGAGAGCUGCAAGGAAGGCAGGACGGCGGCAGCACCACCACCACCGAGGGAGAGAGGUCACUUGCCCUGAGUGUGAGGCGAGCGAGGGACCAUUUGACCUGAGGGGCCAGCGGCCACAGACCGAGGGCAGGGCGCGGGGCAUUGUGGGAGAAGCCGCCACAACAGAAGAAGAAGAAGAAGAAGAAGCAGCAGCAACCGGGACGGGCGCAGCCACACACACUGACCGCAGCCUACCCCAUCAGCAACAGCAUGUCGUACAAACCAAUUGCCCCGGCACCGUCAGGAAGCAGCAGCGCCCCAGGGAACCCCGUCACUCCCGUUGUGUGCAGCCAUAAGCAUCUCAUCCCCCUCAUCUGAUGUGGUUUGCAGUGCCUGGAGCUGCGGUUUCAUCUCCAUCAGGAGCCGUGUCGGUCUCCACUUUUCGACCCAUCUUCAGUGACUUUGGACCACCGUCUAUGGGCUUCAUUCCGGGAGUGAAGCCAGCUGUGUCACAGGCAGUGUCCCAGGGGACGUACAGCGACCUGUUGUCUGUGAUUGAAGAAAUGGGGAGAGAGAUCAGACCCACUUAUGCAGGGAGCAAAAGUGCAAUGGAAAGAUUAAAAAGAGGUAUAAUUCACGCUAGGGCUCUCGUGAGAGAAUGCCUUGCCGAAACAGAACGCAAUGCCCGUACGUGAUUCCAUUUCUUCUGCACUUUCUAUGAAAAACUUUCCAAUUUUUUUUGUUUUUAUAGACAUAUAUAUAUAUAUCGGCAAAUAAAACGUUGCUCUUGC